AUGUAUCGCAAAUAAGAUUUUAAAAAAUUAGAUUUAUUAGGUUCCGGCAAAAAAUAUACAAAAAUAUUUAAAGUUUAACAUAUAUAAACUGGAAAAAUAUAUGCACUAAAAGAAAUUGAAGCUAAAACUCUUGAAAAACUAAACGAAUAUAAAGAAGAAGCUGUUUAAUUAUCAAAAGUAUAAAAUUAAAUGAUUUAUAGACAAAAGAAAAAAUAAAAUAUUUAUUGGAAAGAAUCUGAAUUACUUAUUAUUAUGUUUUCUUUAAUUUCAACAUGUUCAUUAUUAUAACAAAAAGGAAUAUGUCAUAGAGAUAUUAAACCUGCAAAUAUAUUUUUAAUGGAAAACGGUGAAAUUAAAUUAAUUGAUUUUGGAGAAAGUAAAGAUUACUUUUAUGAUCCUUAAAAUGUGUCGAAAAAUACAUAUACAAUGGCUACAAUUAGAGGUACUCCUUAAUAUUUAUCUCCUAUUUAGUGGAAAGCUCAUGUAAUAGAUGGAAACUCACGUUAUGUGGAACAUAAUAUAUAUAAAUCAGAUGUUUAUUCAAGUGGUUUAGUUAUUUAUUAAUUAGCAGCAAUUGAAGAAGUAACAGGUUUUAAUAAUAAAACUUCGGAAUUAGAUGGCGAAUAAUUAACUAAAAAUUCACUUUAGGAACUUGAGAAGAAAUAUUCAAAUUAAUUUGUAAAUAUAAUAGCCUUAAUGCUAAUAUUUGAAGAAAGUGCAAGGCCUAGCUUUGUUGAAAUCGAAUAAUUAUUUAUUGAACACGAAAAUUAAUACAAGGAGAGUAUAGAUAGUAAAAAUGAUGGAAAGAAAAAGAAAUUAAAUAAAUAUAUAAGAAUGUACAAUUAAUAAUAUAAUUCUUUAUUAUAAAAUAAAAAUUCUAAUAAUAAUUAUAUUAAAACUGGUAAAAAUAGUUUAUAAUAAUCAUAAAUGUAGACAUAAAAUAUAUCAAUAUAAUUAAAUAACUAAUAAUAAUAGAAUAAUUUAUAAUAAAGUUAAUAUAAUAAUAUUUAAAAUAAUUAAAUUUAAUUAAAUAGAGAAAUCAAAAAUAAAGAAAAUCAAGAAUAAUUCUAUAAAGAAAGCACUUUGAUUUUAAAUGAAAAUUGCUAUUGGUUUGAAUUCGGGGGAAAUUCUAUUGGAAAGUUUUCUUUACAUAAAUAAAAAUGGAAAAUCACUUAAAAUCCAGAUCAAAAUCCUUUUCCUUAUCAUUUUACAGUUGUUUAUAUUCCAGAAUCGAAAUACUAUUAUUUAUUAGGAGGCUUAUAAGGAAAUAAUUUUAGAAUUUUUACUUAGGGCAAAAUUAUUAUGGCAAAGAAUUAAAUUUCGACAGAAAAAAACUUCGUUGCUGCUGUAUAUUAUAAUAAUAAAGUAUGGAUUUUUGGAGGAUAUGAUUCUCUUGGAAAAAGCCAAUUAAAUUAAUGUGAAUUUUAUAAUAUAUAAACUGAAAAAUGGCAGAAAAUUGCCGAUCUUGUUAUUUCUAGAAGCCAGGCUGCUGCCUGUAGAAUUAAUGAUAACGAAAUUUUAGUUUUGGGAGGAUAUAAUAAAGAUAAAGGUACUUUAGAUAACAUAGAAAGAUAUAUUAUUAAUGAAAAUAGGUUUGAAUUAACAAAUAUUAAGAUUCCUAUUCCACUGAGAAGGUUUAUGGUAGUCAGAGUUGCGAAUAAUUAAGCACUUAUAUUGGGAGGAUUAAGUAAAUUUUCCAAAGAAUCAUAAAGAGUUUUUAAAUUAGAUUAUGAAAAAUAAAAUAUUAUUGAACUUGAGUAAUUAGAAAAAGGAGGUAUUAUUGAAAAUAAAGUCUUAGUUGAUAAUUAGGAUAUUAUGCAUAUUUUCCUUGAAAAUGCUAACGGGACUUCACCUCAUUCUCAUAUUAAAUAUUAUUAUGAUCCAAAAUAUACUAUGUAUGUUACUUAAUAAGAAAUUUGA